AUGUGGCUGCUGUGGUCCACGCUGCUCUGUUUUCCGCUGUCUCUGGCCGUGAGGGGCCUCAGGGAGCCCGAGGUGCCGGAAGGUCCUGGAACUCUGCACUGCGGGCCACGGAGCUUUCGGCUCACAGUGUACCCUUCCCGCCAGGGGACAGCGACUGCUCCCACACUCGUGGCCUGGGACAACCGUGGGCUGCUGCACAGGCUGCAGAAUGACUCUGGCUGUGGCACCCAGGUGACCGAGGGCCCAGGCAGCACUGUGGUGUUGGAGGUGUCCUACGACGGCUGCUAUGUCACCGAGUGGGCCUCCCACUACGUCCUGCCAGUCGGGGUGGAGGCAGCAGAGGGCGCCGGGCGCAGGAUGGUUACGAAGACAAAGCUGCUCAAGUGCCCCGUGGGGCUCCGGGCCCGGCGCGCUCCGGAUGCUGAGGUGUGCGACCCCAUCCCCGUGUGGGACAGACUGCCGUGCGCCCCUGCACCCAGCACGCCAGGAGACUGCCAGGACCUGGGCUGCUGCUACAGCUCUGAGGGGAGCGCCUGUUACUAUGGAAACACAGUGACCUCACGCUGCACGCAGGACGGCCACUUCCACAUCGCCGUGUCCCGGAACGUGACCCUGCCCCCGCUGCUCCUGACCUCUGUGCACCUGGCCUUCAGGAAUGACAGCGGCUGUGACCCCACGACGGCGACACACGCUUUUGUCCUGUUCCGGUUUCCGUUUACUUCCUGUGGCACCACAAGACGGGUCACUGCAGACCGGGCGGUGUACGAGAACGAGCUAGUCGCAGCGAGGGACGUGGCCACCUGGAGCCACGGCUCUAUCACCCGCGACAGCAUCUUCAGGCUCCGAGUCAGCUGCAGCUACUCCGUGAGCAGCAACGCCCUCCCGGUUGAUGUUCGGGUGUUGACUCUCCCGCCCCCCCUUCCUGAGACACAGCCCGGACCCCUCACUCUGGAGCUCCGGCUGGCCAAAGACGAGAACUACAGCUCCUACUACGGCGCCGGCGACUACCCCGUGGUGAAGCUGCUCCGGGAGCCCGUCUACGUGGAGGUCUCCGCCCGUCACAGAGCCGACCCCGGGCUGGGGCUGCUGCUCCGCCACUGCUGGGCCACGCCCGGCCCAGACCCGCUGCAGCGGCCACAGUGGUCCUUGCUGGUGAAGGGAUGUCCCUACACUGGCGACAACUACCGAACCCGGCUGAUCGCGGUCCAGACAGCCUCGGGCCCGCCCUUCCCGGCCCCGCACCAGCGCUUCAGCAUCCUCACCUUCAGCUUCGUGGACCCGGCGGCCAGCCAGGCCCUCGGGGGACCGGUGUACCUGCACUGCAGUGUGUCAGUCUGCCAGCCUGCGGGGACACCGUCCUGUAGGCUGACCUGUCCUGCCAGGCGAAGAAGAAGCUCUGACAUCCGUUCCCACAACAGCACUGCAAGCAUCUCCAGCAGGGGUCCCAUGAUUCUACUCCAAGACAUGAAGGAUGCUUCGGAAAAGCUUCGUAAAUACUCACUGGAGCGACACAGCUGUCUUCCUGGGGGCGGAACACCCCUCAGCUCCAAGGAUCUGCAGUCCCGGGUCAACCAGCCCAUCGCCAGGAUGGAAGCGGCCCCCAAGCCUUCACCGUCCCUGUUAAGUCACUUGCUGUGA